AUUCAAAAAAAUCAAUAAAUGCAUCUAAAAUAAAAUAAGAUGAAAAAUAAUAAAAAAGGAAUCCCUACGAAGUAACUUUAAGUGAUUUUAUAACAUUAAAAUGUUUAGCUAGAGGUUCUUUUGGAAAAGUUUUAUUAGUAUAACAUAAAGAUACUAAAUAACAUUAUGCUAUGAAAACAUUAAAAAAAGCUGAUAUUAUAAAUAGGAAUCAAAUAGAAUAGGCAUUAACUGAAAAGAAAAUAUUAUAAUUAAGUGAUCAUCCAUUUGUAGUUAAAUUAAAAUUUGCUUUUUAAAAUACAUAUAAUAUUUAUUUUAUUAUGGAAUAUAUGCCUGGAGGGGAGCUAUUUCAUCAUAUUAAAACAAGAAAAAGAUUUUCAGAAAAAACCGUUUAAUAUUAUAGCUCAUAAGUAAUUUUAGCCUUAGAAUACCUUCAUGAAACACUAAAUAUUGUUUAUAGGGAUUUAAAACCAGAAAACAUAUUAAUGGAUUCAUAAGGAAAUAUAAAAUUAAGUGAUUUUGGGCUAGCAAAAAGUUGCGCUCAAAGUACUUAUAGUUUUUGUGGAACUCCUGAAUAUAUAUCACCUGAGAUAAUUAAAUAACAAGGACACGGAAAACCUGUUGAUUUUUGGACAUUAGGAUGUUUUAUAUAUGAAAUGAUUGAUGGUCGCCCUCCUUUUUAAAAUACUUCUAGAUAAGGCUUAUAUCAAGAUAUAUUAGAAAAUAAUAUAAUAUAUCCAAAACAUUUUACAGAAACGGCGAAGGAUCUUUUAACUAACUUAUUAGUUACUGAUCCGAAUUAAAGACUAACUAUAAAAGAAAUUAAAAAACAUUAAUUUUAUAGCCUUAUAAACUGGGAUUAUAUGAUGUAAAAAAGAUAUGAUGCACCUAUAAAACCUGUCUUAAAAGAUUUUGGUGAUACUGGCUAUUUCGAAGAAGCAUCAAAUAAAAUAUAAGAAACUCCCCAAAACGUAAAAAUAACAUAGAAUGAUGCUUUCGAUGGUUUUACAUACAGAGGAGUUGAAAUAACAUAAGUAAUAAAAGAAGAGGAAGAAGAAGAUGGUAAAAAAUGA